AUGCUCAUCACGCUGUGCUACCUGUACCUGUGGGCACGCUGGGGGCGCGGGCCGGCCGCGCUCGUGCGCGCCACGGUGCAGCGGCUGCGCGCCUCGCGCUGCUCCUUCACCUUCUGCAGCGCGGCCGCGCCUCCCCGGGGCGCCCGCGUGUGUCUGAGCCGCGGCGGCCGAGUCUUCUGUGUCGGCGAGAGCCAGUCCAUUGAUGACUUAAACAAAUGGGCCCUGUUCCUGGUUUCUCCUUUUAUACUUGAAGCAGAGCACAUCGCAUUUGUGACAGAGAGCAUUUGGGUGCAAGGUGAGAAUUUACAGAGACCGGCAUCCUCUUCGGAAACUAUUGUGAAGUGGUCUGACUGCUGUUUGCCGUUAGCUUGCCGACCUGGGGAUCCUUAUCAGUUAAUCGCCAGAGCAAGCGUGGAUGACUUCAGCAAACUAGGGGUGGCAUUCCUGGAAGAUAGACUCCAGAUGGCUAAUGGACUGAUACCCCAGAAGAUCGUGUCUGUCCACUUGCGGGACUCUGCCCUAAAGAAACUUAAGGGUCAGGCCUCAGACCUGCCAGCCCAGCUCCUGCAGCCCGACCCCGAAUCUUCUGUUGAGAGGAACCCUGAGCCCGACACUAUGGAGAGCAACGGCUGGGAGGACCCCCGGUCUCCGGGUUCCGCAUCCACACGGGGGCCAGGUGGGGCCCCUGGGGGGGGCGAGCCGGCCAUGGACGGUGACAGAGGCGCGGGCUCCGUGGAGCACUGUCCCCUCCAUCUGUCAAGCUGCCAUGAAUGUUUGGAGCUUGAGAACAGCACCAUUGAGUCCGUCAGGUUUGCCUCUGCAGAGAACAUUCCAGAUCUCCCAUAUGACUACAGCGGCGGUUUGGAGGGCCUCGACGACGACCUCCGCCCUGAGAGGGACGAGAGGAGGGUCAACGUCACGGGCAAGGCCCCCAACAUCCUCUUGUACGUGGGCUCUGACUCCCGGGAUGGCCUGGACCGGCUCCAGCAGGUCCGAUCGGCGCUGGUCGACUGUGUGGACACGGACUGUUACACGCUGUACCACCUGCCGCCGGAAAGCGCUCUCAGGGACCCGUGGGCGGACAACUGUCUGCUGCUGGUCAUCGCCACCGCGGAGCCUGUCCCCGAGGACCUGUGCCGCAGGUUCACGGCCUAUCUCUCUCAGGGAGGGAAGCUGCUGGCCCUGGCGUCGUCCUUCACGCUGCCUGGCUUCCGGGUGACCAGCAAGGCCCCGCUGCGGGACACGGUCCAGACCUUGGUUUUCUGCAAGGCGGACGGGAGCCCGGUGAGGCUCAGCAUCUUGAGCAGCGGCUGCGUUUACGAGGAGGGGCCUGGGGAGCCGCUCGGCCCUGGCAAGCUCCAUGGCCACCUGGACAGUGAGGAUGGGGACAGGCUUCUGGUGCAGGUGCCUUUCGGGACUCACGGAGGAGAAGCUGUUCUUUGCCAGGUGCACUUGGAACUACCUCCCAGCUCUCCGGUAGUGCAAACGCAAGAGGAUUUUAACCUGCUCAAAUCAAGCAACUUUAAAAGAUAUGAAGUCCUAAUGGAGAUCCUGACAACACUGGGUCUAAGCUGCGAUGCAAAGCCAGCUCCUGCCUUAACGCCUCUUUACCUGUUGUCGGCGACGGAGGAAAUCCGGGAUCCUCUUAUGCAGUGGCUGGGGAAACAUGUGGAUCCUGAAGGGGUCAUAACAUCCAGCAAGCUCUCCCUGAAAUUCAUUUCAUCCUACACGUCUGAAAUAGAAAUCACCCCAUCCACCAUACCUGUGGUGACUGACAUGGAGUCCUUCUCAUCAGAAAACUUCAAUUUCGAGAUCUACCGACAAAACCUGCAGACAAGGAAACUUGGGAAAGUCAUUCUGUUUGCCGAAGUGACGCCCACCACAAUGAGUCUUCUGGACGGGUUGAUGUUUGAGAUGCCGCAGGAAAUGGGUUUAAUAGCCAUUGCAGUCCGCCAGACGCAGGGCAAAGGGCGGGGAAAGAACGCUUGGCUGAGCCCCUUGGGAUGCGCCCUUUCCACCCUGCUGGUCUGCAUCCCACUGAGAUCCCCGCUGGGACAGAGGAUUCCGUUUGUCCAGCAUCUGAUGUCCCUGGCCGUCGUAGAGGCGGUGAGAUCCAUCCCCGGGUACCAGGAUAUCAAUUUGCGAGUGAAGUGGCCCAAUGAUAUUUAUUACAGUGACCUCAUGAAGCUUGGUGGAGUUUUGGUUAACUCAACACUUAUGAGAGAAACAUUUUAUAUACUUAUUGGCUGCGGAUUUAACGUGACGAACAGCAACCCUACCAUAUGCAUCAACGAUCUCAUCACAGAAUACAAUAAGGAACACGGGGCAGAGCUACAGCCCUUGAGAGCCGACUAUCUCAUCGCCCGAACGGCGACCGUGCUGGAGAAGCUGAUCGACACGUUUCAGGACCAGGGGCCCAAUGGCAUUCUUCCUCUCUACUAUAAAUACUGGGUACACAGCGCUCAGCAAGUCCGCCUGGGAAGUGCCGAGGGACCAAAGGUGUGGAUAGUUGGCCUGGAUGACUCCGGGUUUCUUCUGGUCCACCAGGAAAAUGGUGACGUGGUGACGGUGCAUCCUGACGGGAACUCCUUCGACAUGCUGAGAAACCUCAUUGUCCCCAAACAGCGGUAG